AUGUCCGACGGAGCAGACCACGGAGUUGGAUCGUUUGAGGGCGAAGGCUCUGCAGGGAUGGAGUCGGACGAGUACGAUUUUCAGGAAGAUGAAACAGAACACGACCAUCAUGCAGAGGCCGAUGUCGACAAUGGAGAUGCGGUUGAAUUGGAAGACAAUUUAGACGACGCCGGAGGAAUGUCUGACAAUUAUGCGGACGACAAGUUUUACGCUGUUGAUUCCGGCGAGUCGAUAGGUUGGGUUGAUUUUUUAAAUUUGAGCGAGGAGGAUGUUCUCCGGUUUAAUUUCGCAGAUGUUGACAUUGUAUUUGAGUUCUACCAGCAAUAUGCAAAGCACCAUGGCUUCGGCGCGAGACGUUCUAGAAGCGAAAAACGCGGCGAAGUAAGGAUACGGCAGGAGUUCGUGUGCCACCGACAAGGGUACCGAUCCCCGAAGUUCUACUCGAUGCCUAACCGGCAAAAGAGGCCGAGGGCCGAGACACGGUGUGGAUGCCCUGCAAGGAUGCUACUCCGCAUGGACGAUGAAUUAGGACAGGAUAAGCGAAGCGGACAUCGAGCAAAUGAACGACAUGCGCAAAGGGGGCAUUGGCGUCUCCGAAUCCACGGUUUUAUGGCGAGCCUGGCCGGCGGGUAUCAUAAUGUCCCGUACACAACAAGGAACAUGCACAAUGUAAAUGCGAAGCAACGAAGGGAGGGUGGCCUAGAUGCGGAAUCGUGCUUAAGGUAUCUACGAGAGUGCAAGGCAAAUGAUCCAGCACUGUACUACAAGGAAGUUGUUGACGGUGAGGGCGUGUUGCAACACUUGUUUUGGUGUGACGGCACCAGCCAAAUUGAUUACCAGGUGUUUGGAGACGUGGUUGCAUUUGAUGUAACGUAUAAGAAAAACGUUUACCUUUCACCUCUUGUAGUAUUCUCCAGUGUGAAUCACCACAACCAAACGGUUGUCUUUGCCGCUGUACUGGUGGCAAACGAGAAAGAAGAGACAUAUGUCUGGCUGCUUCAGCAGUUGCAAACUUCAAUGAAAGGGAAGGCUCCCGUGUCCAUAAUAACUGACGGUGACAGGAAAAUGAAGUCUGCUAUCGAGCAAGUUUUUCCAGAGGCUCACCAUCGACUCUGCGCUUGGCAUCUACUCCGAAACGCCACGAGCAACAUCGGAAAGCCCAAAUUCACCAGGAUGUUUAAGGAUUGCAUGCUUGGCGACUACGAGGUCCGAACAUUCCAGAGAAAGUGGUUUGAGAUGGUUGAGAAAUUUGGCGUCGCCGAUAAGAGAUGGGUACAGGACAUGUAUGAGAGAAGGCACAGUUGGGCCACAGCACACAUACGGAAAAAGUUCUUUGCCGGAUUUCGAACAACACCAAGGUGCGAGGGCUUGCACGCUGUGAUAUCACGGUAUGUUAAGUCUCGAUACAGUUAUACUGAGUUUUUACGUCAUUUCCAUCGAUGCUUGAUGUUCGUGUGCGCAAAGGAGGUGGAGGCUGAUUUCGAGUGUGUAAAGGGUGACCUUGUUAUGACCACCAACCUGAAACAGCUGGAGCGGAGUGCAGCCGACAACUACACUCGUGCGAUAUUCUAUUUGUUUGUUCCCAUUCUUGACAGGGCCUGUGCAAUGAGGGUAGUUGACUCUGAAGACAACGGUUCCUAUUUUAUCCACACUGUCUCUCGAUACGGCACUCCGGGGAAAGAUUGGCGUGUUGUUGCAACGUCUGAUACGAGGGAGGUCCGAUGCACGUGCAUGAGAAUGGAAUGUUUCGGGGUCCCCUGCGAACAUAUAAUUGCGGUUCUUGUUCUUAAUAAUGUUCAUGAGAUCCCGAGGUCUCUGAUAUUGCCGAGAUGGACCAAGGAUGCAAAACUUGUGGUGCAGUCGAUGGGCGUGAUAUGGGAUUCUGUACAACUGACGCAACACUGGUGCCUGAUGGAUUGGUACCAAAAAGUGUGCAAGAUUGCAUGUCACAGCACCGAAAAGUUCCAGUUUGCUAGGGAUAUUGCCGUGCUGAUGUUGAAGCACUUCGAGAACGAAGAUGCAGGGGACACCAGUUUUCCACCCGAGGGGCCACCUAUUGAGGGUGGCAGAGCCCCGGUGCGGAAUCCACCCAGGCGCAAUACAAAGGGUAACGCUUCUCAUGGUGGAAAGAAAACCCAGCGAUGUCGUUUGUGCCGGGAGGUGGGACACAACAGGACGACGUGUCCGGACCGCCGCACAAUAGAAUUAUCCAGCGCAGUUGCAGAUGACAUGGAUUCGAUGGACACUGAUAUGCUGUAUGAUAACCUAUCCGGCGAUCUGUAUGCGACCGUGGAGAUUCCUUCGUUCUAA